AUGAUCGAUGGCCUCAAGCGAAAGGCCAUGACCGAGUGCUACUCCAGCUUCGAGGCGGUGGUAGCUCACCUGUGGAGAGCGAGAACGAAGGCGGUGUUCGACGACCCGCUGGAGUUCUCCUCCGUGCUGUUCGCGGUGGACGUCAGGAUCAAGAUGUCACCGCCGCUGCCUCGUGGGUUCACCGGCAACGCGGUGAUCACAGCCUCGGCGAGCGCCGGGGCGGCGGAGCUAGGCGAGCGGCCGUUCUGCUUCGCGGUGAAGAGGGUGAGGGAGGCCAUCGGAAUGGUGACGAAUGAGUACGUGAGGUCGGCUGUGGACUGGCUGGAGGUGAACAGAGGGGUGCCGUCGGUGCUCGAGAGGAACUUCUUCGUGUCGGCUUGGUGGAAGCUGCCAUUCCAUGAGCUGGACUUCGGGUGGGGGAAGCCUGUCUACGGCGGCCCGGUGGUGAGCGGCAUGCAUGAGUUCGUGCUGCUGCUUGCUGAUGGCAGCAAGGAGGGGGAGGGGAGUGGCAUCAACGUUUGGGCGGCGCUGGAGAAGGAGGAGAUGAAGAGAUUCGCGCGCAAUGGUUGUCUCUUGACCACUGAUGAUCCUGAAUGA